AUGAUGGUGGGGGGCGGCGCCGGCUGCGCCCCUGCGGAGCGGAGCGCGGGGAGGGCGCGGGGCCGCGUGCCAAUGGCUGCUCUGCCCCCUCCUCUACCCCCACCCCGCCGCCCGCUCUCCUCCUCCCCGCCGCUCACUCCGCGUCUCCGGCGCCCAGGCGGAGGUUCCGCGAGGAGGCGGCGGCGGCGGAGGCUCCGCGGUAGCGCUGCCCUCCGCCCGGCCCCGGCCCAGCGCUGGCACCCGCGGCUCUCCGGCAGCGCGGAGCGGGGGAUGCUGGAAUGCCCGGACGGUGGGGCCAAGGCGGCCCCCGUCCAGCAGCAUAAGAUCUCCUUCUCCAUCCUAGACAUCCUGGAUCCUCAGAAAUUCACCCGGAGAAGCGAAACGGCCGCGGGGAGCGGGGGCAGCGCCUGCCGCUCGGGAGAGCAGGAAAAAAGUUUGGCGAGAGUUGAAGUAGGAAAAGGCGCUGCUCAGCACGAGAGCGAGAGGAAUAAACUAGAGGCGGAUGAUGCGCGCACCCCGGCGGAGAGCUGCGCGGAGGCAGCGGUCGAGGAGGGGCAGCCAGCGGCCGGCGCCGGCUCCUCUUCGUGCUCCGCAGCCCCGGGGCAGGAGGAGCCGGGCUCGCCGCGAGGCGGCCGGCGGCGUCGGGCCGAGGCGAGCUGCGCCAAACCGCGGCGAGCGCGGACGGCUUUCACCUACGAGCAGCUGGUGGCUUUGGAGAACAAAUUCCGCGCCACCCGGUACCUGUCGGUGUGCGAACGCCUCAACCUGGCGCUCUCCCUCAGCCUCACCGAGACGCAGGUGAAAAUCUGGUUCCAGAACCGCCGCACCAAGUGGAAGAAGCAGCAUCCCGGAGCCGACGGAGCGGCCGCCUCCGCUCCCCCCGCCGCCGCCCGCUGUUCCCCCAGCCCGCCGCGCCCCGCAGCGCUGCCCGGGCAGACUUUCCCCCCGUACGCCGCCGCCAGCGCUCUCUUCCCGGCCGCCUCUCCCUUCCCACUGGGCGGCCCCGGCGGCGGACCCUUCGCUCCCUUCUUGGGGCCCGCGUACCUCGGGCCCUUCUACGCCCCGCAUCUCUGAGAGCCCGCCCCGGGUCUGUCCCAG